UAAUGGACAUUUUUCUAUACAAACAAUGAUGAUUCACAAAUGAUCUGAGAAGCAUCUCUUUACGCAUAAAAUUUCAUAUGAAUGAAAAAGGUAGUCAAAAAAUAUUUUUUUAAAACAUAUACUAUAAAUUGUGUUAAAAUUGUGCUCAAUUGAAUGGCCUAAAGAGCAUUCCUCUGCAGGAUAACUUGUCUCCGUCAACCCAGAGUCUGACCCUACCUGGUCAUUUUAUUUUUCCCGAGAUGGCAAAAGGAAAAAAUAACAGCUAAAAUAAUGCCUUAAAAUACCAAACUUGCAUCAUGGUCUACAGUUUGUUAGUUGUAAUCAGGGUAAUCCUCCUCCCAACCCAAGCUCUCUUUUAUCUUUAUACUUUUUCUUUUUUACCCUUUUUCUUAUAAUAAUAUUAUACAUGCAAGUGAUUAUCAACUAAUUUAAUUAAUAAAAAUCUUAACAAUUAUUUUCAGAGUUCUAAAAUAGCUUCCUGUCUACAUAAAAUUAAAUUUAUAUUUCGACACUCAACUUUUUCAUUAAAAAAAAAAAAAGAGUAUGCAUGCAGGAUUUGUACAUUCCUAACUGUUCUUUUUGUUCUCUCCUCCUUUGCCAGCAUCAAAAGAUCUUAACAGUCAGCUUAGGCCCAAAAAUAGCCUCUCCUACCCCAUCACAACCGUUGAUUUACUUGCUUUGCCUGAAGGCAAAGCACUAAACCUUGAGGCUCUCCAAAGCAUCACACCUCGAUCAAGCCGUUCCUUUGUUUCUGGUCCUGCUUGCCUUCUUUGCGAAAAGCAGGAAAGAAGAUCCUCUCCUUGUUUCUAAUCCUUAGACCCACUUUGUUUCAUCAGAAUCUCUUCCCUUCUCUUUCUCUAUAUAAAUAUAGUUAUGCAGAUGUCGGCUAUUGUUUCAAUUUGGUCCCAGUUGUUAAUUUUCAUGCGAUUGUUUCUUCUCACCCAAUUAUCAAAUCAUCAGAACAGCAACAGAUUGAGCCAGGAGUUUGGCAUUGCAUGGAGGUAAUACAUCUCUCGAGCUUGAUUUGAUCAAUGACUAUUCGUUUAGAAUUUAAAAUGUACCUUUAUCUCCUAUAUAUUCUUGCGAUUACUCAUCCAUAUGGCAUGAAAUUGCAUAAGUAACAUUUGCUAACCAUUGGUUGAACAAAAGGAUUUAUUUCCAUUCAAAACAAAUCUUCAAAUUUUCGGAAUCAAAUUUGUGAAUCGUCAUUCUGAAUAAAAUGAUUAUAAGAGGAGUUAAAGCAAUUUUAUGUGAAUUUUUUUUUCACAAUUUAUAUUUUCCCUUCAGAUCAAUCCAUUAUUUUCCUUCCUAUUGUUCGAUGUAAUGUUUCCAGCUCUUCCAUUCCAGAAGCGUGCAACAAAUAGCUAGAUAGAUUCUGAUAGGAGAAACAACAAAGAAGGCUAGUACAACACUGACUCAUUUCCGAAAAAUAUGGAUGAGAUGGAUUUACAGGAUAUGGAUUUCCUCAGUCUAUUCCAGAUUUCACAUACAAAGGUCUAGAUGGAUUAUUUCUUAUCAGAUUCCAAUUAGGUGCAGUCACCAAAUCCAUUGGUUUUGGUAUCAAUAAAAGCAUUAAUUUGAUUUCUCCAAUUCUUCCCUAACCUAAGGUCCCCUACUCUAUUAGAUUUAAUCUUGGAAGUACUGAUAUCAAUGAUAGUUAGUUGUAAAUUCUUCUGACACCUUUUCAUCCAUGAAUGCUAUCUUCCCUCAAGAUCCCAUAUAAGGUAGGGUGGGGCAGGUUAGAGCUUCGUGAUACCCCAUACUAAGGUCUCUCUAAUCUAGAUGGAGUCAUUUCUUUUGUGUAAAUUUCAUGAGCUGAUCAGCGAAAGCGGAAUCUCUCCCUUCCACUUCUGCAAUAUUUGCCGCGAAACACAUUUUUCUAAAAUUCUGGGCUACAUUAGAUGCAAAAAAAAAUAUCAAAGUCUCUUACCUUAAUAAUCAAAUCAACAAAAUAAAUGUUAAAGAAGCCAAAAACAAGCAUGUGUCAAAAAACAGUUUGCCUAACUGUCCUUUAACUAAAGUCACAGAAAAAAAAUUUAAUUUACAAAUAGCAUGUUUGUUCGACUUAGUUGAUAUGUUACAGGCUAUCAACAGAUAAUCAUCUGACAUUAAUUCUAUCUGUAACACCGCAUCUGCCUUCAUAUAAUGAAUUUAUGAGACUUGGAUUGCAGACCAUUGAACUGAAGGUGGAGAUGGUAGCUAUACAUGAGAAGAGACUAAGGAAAUGCCUAUCCAAAGUGAGAGGAAUUGAGAAGGUUGAGGUGGAUGGUAGCAUUCAAAAGGUGGUUGUCACAGGCUAUGCUAACAGGAACAAAAUCCUCAAAGCUCUAAGGAGAGUUGGUCUUAGAGUAGAAUUUUGGUCUCCACAUAAUGAAAUACUAAAUGCGUAUGCCAGUGCAAGCCUAAUGAUCAACAACUUCAUCUUCUUCUAAGAAUGCAGCACCGCUCAAAAGUUACUAUAGUCGGUUGUGUCAGUGUUUUCAUUUUUAUUUUUUUUGUGAAUGAGCAAAGAUGAAGUCUUUUACUUCAAGCAUCUGCUUUCGACAUGCUACUUUGAGUAAUCCAUCUUUUGUAAC